AUGGUGGCGGCGCCGUGCGCCCGGAGGCUGGCCCGGCGCUCGCACUCGGCGCUGCUCGCGGCGCUCACGGUGCUGCUGCUGCAGACGCUGGUCGUGUGGAAUUUCAGCAGCCUCGACUCCGGGGCCGGGGAGCGGCGCGGGGGCGCAGCGGCCGGCGGCGCCGAGCAGCCGCCCCCGCCCCCGGCCCCGGCCCCGCGCCGCGAGCGCCGGGACCUGCCCGCCGGGCCGGCUGCAGCCCGAGGCGGCGGCGGCGGCGGCGGAGGACGGGGGCCCCCGGCGCGGGCGCGGGCGCGGGCGCGGGCGGGCGGCCCCGAGGAGCCCCGGGCGCAGCAGCCGGCCGGCCGGGGGGCACUGCCCGCGCGGGCGCUGGAUGGCUACUUUUCUCACCGGCCGAAAGAGAAAGUGCGGACAGAUAGCAACAAUGAGAACUCGGUCCCCAAAGACUUUGAGAACGUGGACAACAGCAACUUCGCACCCAGGACUCAAAAGCAAAAGCACCAGCCCGAGCUGGCAAAGAAGCCACCAAGUAGACAGAAGGAGCUUUUGAAAAGGAGGCUGGAGCAGGAAGAGAAGGGGAAGGGACAGUCGUUCCCAGGCAAAGGCACCCACGAGGCGCUGCCUCCCGGUGGGAGAGCCUCGGUGAACGGCAGCCGCGGGAAGGAUGCCCCGAGACAGCCCCACACCAGGAAGAGCGGGGGCGGCUCCCCCGAGCUCAGGUACGACCAGCCCCCCAAGUGUGACAUCUCGGGCAAGGAAGCCAUCUCCGCCCUGUCCCGCGCCAAGUCCAAGCACUGCCGCCAGGAGAUCGGGGACACCUACUGCCGCCACAAGCUCGGGAUGCUGAUGCCCAAGAAGGUGACUCGGUUCUGCUCCCUGGAAGGCAAAGCCAACAAGAACGUUCAAUGGGAUGAAGAUUCUGUAGAAUAUAUGCUGGCCAACCCCGUCAGAAUCGCCUUCGUCCUGGUGGUCCACGGCCGCGCCUCCCGGCAGCUACAGCGCAUGUUCAAGGCCAUUUACCACAAAGACCACUUCUACUACAUCCACGUGGACAAGCGCUCUAAUUACCUGCAUCGGCAAGUGCUCCAGUUCGCCAGACAAUAUGGCAAUGUUCGUGUCACCCCAUGGAGGAUGGCCACCAUCUGGGGGGGCGCCAGCCUCCUGUCCACAUACCUGCAGAGCAUGCGAGACCUCCUGGAGAUGACCGAUUGGCCAUGGGACUUCUUCAUCAACCUCAGCGCAGCCGACUACCCCAUCAGGACGAAUGACCAGCUCGUGGCAUUUCUGUCCCGAUACCGAGAUAUGAAUUUCCUGAAGUCACAUGGCCGGGACAACGCAAGGUUCAUCCGAAAGCAGGGUCUGGACCGGCUCUUCCUGGAGUGUGAUGCCCACAUGUGGCGCCUGGGGGACCGGCGAAUCCCAGAGGGCAUCGCUGUGGAUGGAGGCUCAGAUUGGUUCCUGCUGAACCGGAAGUUUGUGGAGUAUGUGACAUUCUCCACAGAUGAUCUGGUGACCAAGAUGAAGCAGUUUUACUCCUACACCCUACUUCCUGCUGAGUCCUUCUUCCACACAGUCCUGGAGAACAGCCCCCACUGCGACACCAUGGUAGACAACAACCUGCGCAUCACCAACUGGAACCGGAAGCUGGGCUGCAAGUGCCAGUACAAGCACAUCGUGGACUGGUGCGGCUGCUCGCCCAAUGACUUCAAGCCACAGGACUUCCACCGCUUCCAGCAGACAGCCAGGCCCACCUUCUUUGCCCGAAAAUUUGAAGCCGUGGUGAAUCAGGAAAUCAUCGGGCAGCUGGACUACUACCUGUAUGGGAAUUACCCUGCGGGCACCCCGGGCCUCCGCUCCUACUGGGAGAACGUGUACGAUGAGCCAGAUGGCAUCCACAGCCUGAGCGACGUGGCGCUCACCUUGUAUCACUCUUUCGCCCGCCUGGGCCUCCGCAGGGCCGAGUCCUCGCUGCACGUGGAGACGGGGAACAGCUGCAGGUACUACCCGAUGGGCCACCCAGCAUCUGUCCACCUCUACUUCCUUGCUGACCGCUUCCAGGGCUUUCUGAUCAAGCAUCACGCUACAAAUCUGGCUGUGAGCAAACUUGAGACCCUGGAGACAUGGGUGAUGCCAAAGAAGGUCUUCAAGAUCGCAAGCCCACCCAGUGACUUCGGGAGGCUCCAGUUUUCUGAGGUAAGAGUUGGCACUGACUGGGAUGCCAAGGAGCGGCUCUUCCGCAACUUUGGGGGUCUCCUGGGGCCUAUGGAUGAGCCGGUAGGCAUGCAGAAGUGGGGGAAGGGCCCCAACGUCACCGUGACCGUCAUCUGGGUGGAUCCCGUCAACAUCAUUGCAGCCACCUAUGACAUCCUGAUCGAAUCCACUGCCGAGUUCACCCACUACAAGCCCCCUUUGAACUUGCCCCUGAGGCCUGGGGUCUGGACAGUGAAAAUCCUUCACCACUGGGUGCCAGUUGCAGAGACCAAAUUCCUCGUUGCACCACUGACCUUCUCAAACAGGCAGCCCAUCAAACCAGAGGAGGCGCUGAAGCUGCACAACGGGCCCCUGCGCAGCGCCUACAUGGAGCAGAGCUUCCAGAGCCUGAACCCCGUCCUCAGCCUGCCCAUCAGCCCGGCCCAGGUGGAGCAGGCUCGGAGGAACGCGGGCUCUACGGGCGCCACGCUGGAGCACUGGCUGGACUCCCUGGUAGGCGGGACAUGGACCGCCAUGGACAUCUGCGCCACAGGCCCCACUGCCUGCCCAGUCAUGCAGACCUGCACCCACACGGCCUGGAGCUCCUUCAGCCCUGACCCCAAGUCAGAGCUGGGGGCUGUCAAACCCGAUGGCCGUCUCAGGUAG